UCUAAUAAAAACAAAAAUAGGUUUGACAGUUCUCAACUACCGAAUCAAUAACCAAAUUUAUUUUUCAAAAUUUAGUUAUUGUAAAUAAAGUUUUGAAAGAUUAAUUACAAUAUUUUAAUUGAAGGAAGUUGCUGAAAAAUGUCAAUAUCUGCAAGUUUAACUUCAUUGAGAAAUGCAAUGACAAAAAGAUCCUGUCGAUUGGUUAAGGAUGCACAUCGAACACUUUCUUCUGGUAGCGAUAAAUCUGACGGACCUGUUAAUGGAAAUAUUCCCAUGAUCGAUUAUGAUGACCCCGAUUAUUUACCUAUACCACAAUAUCCUGCAAAAAUAAACGAACCAUUAGAACAAAAAAGACAGAGACUUCUUUACCAAUCUCGUAAAAGAGGAAUGUUGGAAAAUGACUUACUUUUAUCAACAUUUGCUAAAAAAUAUUUGAAAGAUAUGAAUGAAGAAAAUCUUGUUUUUUAUGAUCAAUUGAUUAAUGGCCCUUCAAAUGAUUGGGAUAUAUACUACUGGGCUUCAGAAAAUAAAGUAACGCCGCCGCAAUAUGAUACUCCAAUCAUGAAAAUGUUAAAAGAGCAUGCAAAAAACGUUAAAAAGGAAUUGAGGAUUAGACAACCAAGUUUAUAUUAAAAAAUAUAUAAAUGCAAUACAUACACAUCUACAUGUAAAUAAACAUAUAACUAUAAAUAUUCGGCUAAAUUUAGUAAUUUGAAAUUUCAAAUUAUUAGCAUCUCUCAAAAACUUUAUAAAGCGUAGGUAAAGUGGUUAGUUCAAAUAAAUAAUUUUUAAAACUGUU